GGAUCGGAAUACACACUACAAGUUUUACUUCUACUUUCGAAUUCAGAUAGUGGGAUACAAAUAUAUGACUUCUGCACUUCUGAGUCUAUGACAAUCAAAAUGACGACCAUUUUAAGAACAGUGCUUAUAUCACGUCUCUUUAAAUCGCCAAGGUGCACUUACUCGAUGCUCGGGGGCUGUAAGAAGAAAUCUAACUUCAGUGCAGCUGCAUCUGUGGCAUCUGUCGGUGUCAACUCUGUGAACUUGUUUAAACACAGAAGUCUACAACAUCUCACAAUCAAGAAAUUAUCCACAAGCAGAAGUCUUUCAUCUGAUGAAAUGGAGAGGGCUCAAGGAGCUAGGAAGACAGGGGAACCAACCAUUUUUUCCAAGAUUGUUGACAAAUCGAUUCCAGCUGACAUUAUGUAUGAGGAUGACUUGUGUCUGGCUUUCCGUGACGUUUCUCCACAAGCCCCAGUGCAUUUCUUAGUGAUUCCCAAAUUUCCAAUACCCGGAAUCAGUGAUGCGGAACUGAAGGACAAAGAGCUUUUGGGACAUCUACUCCUGAUAGCAAAGCAGGUUGCAGACAAAGAGAACUUAACCAAUGGAUACAGGCUAGUGAUCAACAAUGGUCCUGACGGCUGUCAGUCAGUAUACCAUCUCCAUAUUCACGUAAUGGGAGGAAGACAGAUGGACUGGCCCCCAGGGUGAUUCAUGUCCACAAGUCAUUAUAAAAGAAACUUUCAAUUAGAUAUCGUCAUAACAUAUAUUGCAUGCAUUGUGAAUCACGUGUCUAGGAACUGUGUACAUCGCCGUGUAAUGUGUGGAAGUAUUGUAUCAGUAAAAUAGUAGUCAUAGUUCAAAUUAAUAAAUCAUAACAAACAUAUGAUAUCAUCCAA